UGUUCCACGCGAAGACUUGCAUAAAGAACAAGACUCUUCACUAGUCAUUUUUCACAUUUGAAUCAAACAAUGGGUGACAGAAAAACGGGUCGGAUCCCACCGGCGGACCCGAAUCUUCCUCGAUUCGGCUGCCAGAACUGUGGCCAGUCCUUAUGCUUCAUUGGCGUCGACACCCAUGCCGAUAAAUUCAUCAACGAUCCUUCUGCUCGAUCCGGGAUGCAGGGGUCUGGAGUUCAUGGGGCCAGUAGCAUGUUAGCUUCCACGCGCAUGGAUAAUUCCUUUGUUGUGUUGCCAAAGCAACGGCCCCAAUCACAUGGAGUUCCUCGUCCUCGUGAGGGGGCUGGUCAGGCUGAUACAGGACAAUCUGGAAAGGCAAUGGAAGAGUCUUUUGUAGUUGUGUAUAAAAGUGAAUCUCCAUCUGAUGGAGGUGGAAUGCAUAUACCAUCACCUGAUGGGGCAAUACAGCCAAAUAAUUCUGGGUUUCACACUACAAUAACUGUCUUAAAACGUGCUUUUGACAUUGCCAAAAGUCAAACUCAGGUCGAGCAGCCUUUGUGCCUGGAAUGCAUGAGGAUUUUGUCUGAUAAACUUGAUAAGGAGGUUGAAGAUGUGAACAGGGAUAUUAAGGCAUAUGAAGCCUGCCUCAAACGUUUAGAGGGGGAGUCAAGAAACUUUCUCUCCGAAGCUGAUUUUCUUAAGGAGAAAUUGAAGAUUGAGGAAGAAGAGAGAAGGCUUGAAGCAGCCAUUAAAGAGACAGAGAAUGAGUUUACAGAAGUAAAUGCUGAGCUAAAAGAACUAGAGCUUAAAUCUGUUCGGUUUAAGGAACUGGAAGAGAGGUAUUGGCAUGAAUAUAAUAAUUUUCAGUUUCAAUUAAUUUCACAUCAGGAAGAGAGAGAUGCAAUUUUAGCAAAAAUAGAAGUUUCACAAGCACACUUGGAAUUGUUGAAGCGAACAAAUGUGCUCAAUGAUGCAUUUCCCAUUUGGCAUGAUGGAGAUUUUGGAACAAUUAACAAUUUCCGGCUUGGACGUCUUCCUAAGAUUCCCGUUGAAUGGGAUGAAAUAAAUGCUGCAUGGGGACAAGCUAGCCUUCUUCUUCAUACAAUGUGUCAGUAUUUCAGGCCAAGGUUUCAAUAUCGGAUAAAAAUAAUUCCAAUGGGGAGCUACCCUCGCAUCAUGGACAAUAACAAUACAUAUGAACUGUUUGGACCAGUGAACUUGUUUUGGAGUACACGUUACGAUAAAGCCAUGACGUUGUUCUUGACUUGCUUAAAGGAAUUUGCUGAGUUUGCAAAUUCUAGGGAUCAGGAGAACAACAUACCGCAUGAGAAAUGUUUCAAAUUGCCAUAUAAGAUUGAGAACGACAAGGUCGAAAACUAUUCCAUCACGCAAAGCUUCAACAAACCAGAGUAUUGGACAAAAGCUCUCAAGUAUACUCUCUGCAAUUUGAAAUGGGCUCUCUACUGGUUUGUUGGCAACACAAAUUUCCAGCCCCUUUCUGCAAUCGCCUCAUCACAUAACGAAGUUCCUUCAGUUGGCUCUUUUUAUACAAAGCGCGGAGCCGACUCCAGGUCUGACUAUGGAAAUUCUUUGAACAGGUGAUGACAAGUUGCUGACAUAUCUGAAUCUGUACAGGAAAGUCUAGGAUUUAGUCUCUCUCACUCUCUCUUUCUGUGUGUGUGUGUGCAUGAAAGCAUAUUCUUUUAGAGGUUUAUUGCUGUUUCUUCAUCAACUAUUAAAUUAGAUAGCAAGACAAUAGGUUAAUGAUGCUUGCUUUGUUCUUAGAAUAGAUAUGAAUGACCGUAAUGUCAAUUAAAAAGAACCUUUGAAUUAUAAUACCAUAUAGCGUUUUCUAACAAACUAAAAGGUAAAAAGAUGAACCUUACUUUGGUUUA